UCGAAUAAAUUACGCGCCCACUUUAAUUUUCGUUAUCGUCCGAAAAUGACAACCUACUUCACGUAUCCACCGGUCGCGCUCCAAAAUGAGCUGAGGUCGAUCGCCGAAGCCAUCGUGCAUCCCGGCAAGGGCAUCUUGGCCGCGGACGAGUCGAUCGGCACCAUGGGAAAGCGCUUGGAGAAGAUCGGGCUGCAGAACACCGAGGAGAACAGACGCAAGUACAGACAGUUGCUGUUCACGACCGACAAGUCCGUGGCCCAGCACAUUUCCGCCGUCAUCCUCUUCCACGAGACUCUCUACCAGAAGGCCGACGACGGUACCCCGUUCACACAGCUACUGAGGGAACGCGGAAUAAUUCCCGGCAUUAAAGUCGACACCGGAGUCGUUCCGCUGUUCGGUUCUGAGGAUGAGUGCACCACUCAAGGCCUGGAUGAUCUCGGUAAGAGAUGCGCCCAGUACAAGAAGGACGGUUGCCAGUUCGCCAAGUGGAGAUGCGUGCUGAAGAUUGGAAAGAACACGCCAUCCUAUCAGGCGAUCAUGGAGAACGCCAACGUAUUGGCUCGAUACGCAGCAACCUGUCAAGCCAACGGAUUGGUACCGAUUGUCGAACCGGAAGUUUUGAUCGACGGUGACCACUGCAUCGACCGUUGCCAGAAGGUGUCCGAAACCGUUUUGGCGGCAGUCUACAAGGCGCUUAACGACCAUCACGUUUACCUCGAAGGAACCCUGCUGAAGCCAAACAUGGUAACGCAAGGACAGGCGCACAAAACCCCAUCCAGCAGUGAAGAAAUCGCCCGCGCCACCGUCACCGCUCUCUCGCGCACCGUCCCCGCUGCCGUGCCCGGAAUUACCUUCCUCUCCGGAGGACAAAGCGAAGAAGAAGCGACAGUGAACCUCAACGCCAUCAACAGAUUCAACGCAAAGAAACCGUGGGCGCUCAGCUUCAGCUACGGACGCGCCCUUCAGGCGUCAGUGUUGAGCGCGUGGGGUGGCAAAGACGCCAACGUCAAAACUGCCCAAAUGGAAUUCAUGAAGCGCGCCAAGGCCAAUGGCGAAGCCACCUUAGGGAAAUACGCGACGGGAAGCGCCGCAGGACACGCCGGCAAAGAGGGAUUAUUCGUUAAGGACCACAAAUACUAGAACUUAUCAUAAAUAAAGUCUGAUUUCGUUUCGUGUCA